UAUAAUAUAGCCUCAACAGUACAUUAAUUUAAUAUAAUAUAUUGUGAUUUAAUAUAAUAUUAAUCUAAUAUAGUCUCGUUUAUUUGUAGUGCUGGAUUUACGAGUACUUUCACCCUUUCCGAGCACCUAUUAAUUCGGAUUAUAGGGAGAUGCAGCCUCGGUUCCUGAAAUGGAAACCACGCAAGGGUAUUUCGGACUUGCUCUCGGUCCGAAGGAUGCUUGAUGAUAUGCAGGCCGAUCAGGUAUGUAUUUUAAUUGUUGAAUUUAUUUAUUAUUAAUUAUUAUGAAAAUGUAAUUUUUAUUACGUUAAUCUAAUUUUCCAGAUUGACGGGAUGCCUUACGGGCCGCACGUACAUAGACGCGUUCCGCGUACAUUAUAUUAUGGGUGCAUACAGUUUAUGGAGAUUGUCGAGCCAUAUUUACCGGAUCGCGUCCUUCGGCAGUUUGGUUUUAGACAGACCAUACCGCAGUGCUUCAUCCAGUCCAGAGAGUCGUGCCUACGUGGUCCGCUUGGAGGACAGACAUACCAGGUACGGUAUGAUCCGCCAGGGCAGGAGUGGAUGGACCUGGCUAUCAGCUCGAUUACGUUGGACGGUAGGACAUUAGCCUGGCCGCCGUCUGAGACUGCCACUCGGUACAUAGAGUGGUACGUUCCUCGUACUCAUCAGUACGUGAUCAACCGGGAUCCAGCGCCAGAAGGACCACCGCCAGUCGUACGCCCCCCUCCUAUUCAGCCGGACUUUUAUGACAUUGUGCGUAUCAUCCAUCCGCACAUGCACGAGAUACCCCAGCAUCUACGUGUCCAGUUACAGCCUCGUGUGGAGCCACAUGCACGUUUUCUAGGUUUAUCCCCCAUUGGAGUUUCCGACGACGACGACUUUAUGGAGAUGCCACCACCGCGUCGGCGACCGGGUGGGACGAGUGGCACUUCGAGGAGGUCUAGGGGUAGACAGUAGACGGCUUUUGUUUGACAUU